AUGUCGAUUAAUUCGGACGGCGACGAGCGCGUCGCCUGGGCCGCGAUGCCGGCGGAGCUGCUGCGCGACGUGCUCUCGCGUGUCGUCGCGCCGGGCAUUGACUGGCCGCACCGUCGGACUCUCGUGGCGUGUGCCGGCGUGUGCAAGUCAUGGCGGGAAAUCACAAGAGACUUCAUACUUUCCGCCCCCCCUACCUCCGCCGACCCCGCGCACAUCUUCUUCCCCGCGGACCUGCGCGCGCCGGGCCCGCGCGAGCGCAGCGUGGAGUGCUUGAUUCGGCGGAACCGCAAGACGGGCACGUUCUCGCUCUUCCUGGGGGCGUCGCCAAGCGCCGCGGCGGAGGCGGAGGGGGAGUCCGCGGCGGGGAAAUUCCUCAUGGCGGCGCGCAAGUUCGGAUGGCGGCCUUCCAGCACGGAGUACGUCAUCUCCCUCGACCCGCGCGACUUCUCUCGUCCCGACCACCCCACCGCCGCUGACUCCCCCCACUCCUCCUACACCCCGCACUCUCGCACCUCAAGCGCCACCCACGCCUCGCGUUUUUCCUGUCUCGGCAGCACCAACAGCGCGGCAGCAAGCAGCAGUGCUACCGACGGCAGCAGCGGCAGCGCAGGCAGCGGGGUGGCAGCGGGCAGCGGGGGCGCAGCGGGCAGCGGAGUGGCAGCGGGCAGCGCGUACCUGGGGCGGGUGCGCGCCAACUUCCUCGGCACGCGCUUCACCAUCUUCGACGCGCGCCAGCAGGGCCCGCCGCCCCCCGCGCGGCCCCCCGCAGGCGUCGCCGCGCCCAGCAGCAGCAGCAAGGUGCACCCCAGCGUCGGCACGCCUGCGCCAGCGCCUGCCCUUUCCAAGGGGAAGGGCGGCGGAGGAAGAGGCGCGCGGGGCGGGCGGGAUGAGGGCGCGGGGAGCAGUGAGGCUGCGGGGUCGUUGGCAGGAGCUGGGAUUGGGAGAGGCUGUGAAGUCAGCAGUGGCAGCUGUGGUUGCUGCUGCGCCUGCGCUUCCCGUGGCUUUGCUUCUUCUGCUUGCCCUGCCUGUCCGUCCGCUCUGCCCCUUCACCCCCCCUCCCCACACGCCACCCCAUGCGCCCGUGGCGACUGUGCGUGUAGCCCCACGUCCGUCCUCUCGCCCCCUUCCUCCGCCCAACCACUGCCCGCCAGCACGUCUGAUAGUGCCGUGCCCCUUCCCCCCCUCGCUCUUCCGCCUUCUGCGCUCGCGGCAUCCGCCGACACGCCACCACACUCUAUUCCCCUUGCGCCCACUGCGCCCUCUGCGCCCGUUCCGCCCCCUGCGCCCCCUGCGCCUCUGCCCGUGGCGACGGUGUCGUAUGCCCUCAACGUGCUGGGCACUCGUGGCCCUCGCCGCAUCCAGGCCGUGCUGCACUGCGCGCCAAGCAGUGGGGGCGGACACGUGCCUGGCAGUGGGGGGGAUGCGGAGCAGCGGGGGAGGGAAGAAGAGACGGGGGAAAAGAGUAUGAGAUGUGGGCGUGAGGGGUGGGGCAGAAGGGAAGAGUGUGUGUGUGAUGAGGGGGUAUGCGUAUGCAGUGGACGGGUAUGUGCGUGUGAUGCCAGCCCGAGACAUGAUGUGGCCGGCAACGCUGGAAGGGAUGUCAGGGAGCACAGCGACAUGUCAUGCUGCCACGUGUCACAUCACCAUUCACCCUGUCGGGAGAGACAUGAAGGCGAGGGACACGGGGAGGAGGCAUGGGAGCCAAUGGUGCUGAAGAAUAAGCCGCCCAGAUGGCAUGAGCAGCUGCAGUGCUGGUGUCUCAACUUCAGGGGGCGGGUGACAGUGGCGUCUGUCAAGAACUUCCAGCUCAUUCACGCCACGCCGCACCAGCCCCACCCACCCUCACUGCACCAGCCCCACCCACCCUCACUGCACCAGCCCCACCCACCCUCGCCACUGCUUCCACCAUGUGCCGCCCACUGCUCCUCCCUGUCGUCCUCGUCACCUUCCCUGACGGUGCCGAAACACCACGGCGGGUCGUCGGAACCUGUAGGUGCUGGUGCCUCUGGCAGCGGCAUUAGGAAUGGCGGUGGGGCGAGCAGUAGCAGUGGCAGCAGCAGCAGCAGCAGCAGCAGCAGCAGCAGCGGCGGCGACAGCGGUGGCAGUGGCAGCAGCAAUGGUAGCAGCAACGCCAACAGCACUAUUAGCAGCAGGGGGGGUGAGGCAAGCAGCAGCAGUGGGGGAGGCAGGGCGCAUGAGCUGGGGGCAACAGGCACGUGUGGGGCGGUGAGGGGCGGGAGGGACGUGGACCAGCCGGUAUUACUGCAGUUUGGCAAGGUGGGCAGGGAUGCCUUCACCAUGGACUAUCGCUACCCGCUCUCCGCCUUCCAGGCCUUUGCUAUCUGCCUCAGCAGCUUCGACACCAAGGUGGCGUGCGAGUGA